AGAGAGGCCCGCCCCCCAGCAUUGCAUGCGCGCCGCAUGUUCACAGAAAACGCUGACAGUAUUAAAACCAUUCAAUUUACAGUUAUUCGUACAGUAAGAAGUUGCCAUACCAUCCACUGAGAAGUAAACGUAAGGUCCGGGAGCUGUACGAAGCAUCAAGGAGGAUCGCAGUUCCAAGACCUGAAGCCGCUUUAUGCAACCAAAAAGGAUAUUUAGCAGAAACUUCACGAUGUUCAGGACCUGCUUGUAUUUCGGUCUGUUCAUCUCUGGUGUUGUUUCCCAAGAAGCCGAGGAACCGGUGUCCUACUCGUGCACAGAUGGCUAUGAAUAUGAUGCCGAAACCCACAAUUGCAAAGACAUCAACGAGUGCGACACCCUGCCGGACGCCUGCAAGGGGGGCAUGAGGUGCAUCAACUAUUAUGGCGGGUACUUCUGCCUGCCCCCCAACGCCCAAGUCAUCUUCAGCAGGGAUGAGUCUGACCCCGCCGCUGGCUCCGCCCCCAGCUCUGGUCCCGCCCCCGUCCCAGCUCCCGUCCCCGACCCCACCCCUGCGCCUGCACCGCAGCCCGUCGCCCGAAAUCCCCUCGCCGUUUGGCCCGGUUACCGCGGGAACCAGCGUGGGACGGUCCAGUGUCGCACGGGGUUCUUGGUGGACGGGCAGAACCUGUGCAGAGACAUAAACGAGUGUGAGACAAGUAACCCGUGCGAACACAUGUGCUUCAACAUCAUGGGCUCCUACAUCUGCCAGUGUAAACAAGGCUUCGAGCUGGCCCCCGACUCCAUCUCCUGCCAAGAUAUUGACGAGUGCAGUUUCUCCAGCUACAUGUGCCAGUAUCAGUGUGUGAACCAGCCGGGGCAGUACACCUGCAUGUGCCCUGACGGGUACCAGCUCCAGGGAAGAAGUUUGUGUCAAGACAUAAACGAGUGUGAAACGGGACACAACUGUCGCGAAGACGAGAUGUGCUGGAAUUACCACGGCGGAUUCCGUUGCUAUCCCAGAAACCCCUGCCACGAGCCGUAUGUGCGGACGGGAGAGAACCGAUGCACCUGCUCCUCCCCAACCCUGUGCCACGGAGUGGCGCCAUCCAUCGUGUACAAGUACAUGAGCAUCCCGUCGGACCGCUCCGUCCCGUCCGACAUCUUCCAGAUCCAGGCCACGAACAUCUACCCCAACACCCACAACACUUUCCGGAUCAAGGCUGGCAACGAGGGAGGGGAGUUCUUCCUGAGGCGCUCCAGCAACCUUAGCGCCAUGCUAGCGCUGACCAAGCCGCUGACGGGCCCGCGGGAGCACAUCGUGGACCUGGAGAUGGUCACCCACAACUCCUUGCUCAGCUACCGCUCCAGCUCCCUGCUGAGGCUCACCCUCAUCGUGGGGCCUUACUCUUUCUAACCGUGGGGGGGGGGACCCCCACUUCACCACAUAAGGGUAUCAAACGCUCUACGCCAGGGGGGGGGGGGUCGGAUUCUAGUCCUGGAGGGCCACAGUGUCUUACUGGUUUCCGGAGUGUUUCAUCUCACGUGUUCCGUGUUAGUCACUGGUUGGCUACAGAGGUCACACAUCUUAUUCCCAAGGCUUCUUACUGAAAGGACACAACAACAAAAAAAAAAACCUCCUCACAUUGUUGCUCCCCAGCUCUCGAGUUUGACAC